CCGUGUAGUCUUCUAUAUUGAGGCAUUUCAAUUCUAGAACAAUUCUUUGCAUCAUAUCUACUGUCCCUUUUUGAGAUACGCAACGACCGGUUUCAGUCACGUGACACACUGGUUGGUUUCUUUGGCAAACGGGCAGCAACAGACAAACAUCACUAUCAAACGAUCUCAGAGCGUCUACCUUGCAGUGUGCCACUAUGGAAAGUCCUCACGAGCAUCAGCAAGCCUUGCUACUAUCUCGCAUCAUCGGCAACAUUGAAAAACUUAAUGAAUCAAUAAUGGUCAUGAAUCGCAGUCUCCAGGAAAUCAACAUCCAGAACAUGAACGUCGAGCUCGUAGCGCAGAUGUUCAAGAACUACCAGUCCAAUGUGCUCUUCCACCUGGAAGCGACGGACAACCUGAAGGAGCCAUCCUGAGCUUCUGCCAGCGUACACCAUUGUACUUACGACGAUAUGAUAUUCUGUUUCGAUUGUUUCAAUGAAAUAUUUCUUCUUUAUUGGUGAA